CUGAAUUAUUAAAUUAUCUAAACGAAAGGUUCAUAUUCAAAUGUUUUUUUUUCAGAAAAACAUUAACAGUAUAUUCAUAUAUUUUCUUUUAUAAAAAAGAACCUAAUUAAAAUUAUAUAUGUGUUACUUCUUUGUUUAUUUGAACAUUAUUUGAUAUUAUAAACGAACACAUCUUGAUCCGCUUUAUUUUCUUUUUGGAAUAACCUUCCAAAAACAAGCCCAUUCCUUCACUCCUUUCCUUCUUUUACGCUCAUAAUUGUCAAACAAUCGUUUGGAUAACUAUGGAAUUUGGCAAAAGGGUAAAUUCCAUCAGAUUAGAUGAAGAAGAACGGAUACUAUAUGUUGAUAAGGCAUGUGUUGUACUUCCUACUGAUUUAAGGAGUUGCUGCUCACUGAAAGAGCUCAAACCUGAUUUACUGCUGCCGUUGAAAUACCUUUUGAGAGUGGACAUUGCUGAUCCUCAAGCUGCAAUCCUUCAUUAUCUUUCACCAACUAGCAAGAAAUGCGCUCAUUGUACUGUAUGUUCUUUGAGCAAUGCAUAUGAAUUUGAGCGAUACUUAACGGAAAGAGCUUAUACCGGUACACAUGGCUUUAAACGGUUUUUUGUUCUCGUCAAUCCAUUCGGCGGACAAGGGAAGGCAAGUAAAAUUUGGCAACAGAUUGCAUCUCCUAUAUUUCAAACGGCUCAUUUAGAAUGUCGAAUUGUUUUCACAGAAUACAAGAAUCAUGCUAGAAGCAUUAUUGCCAAUAUCGACCUGAACAGCUUGGAUGCCAUUAUCUGUGUUGGUGGUGAUGGACUCUUUCAUGAAUGCUUAAACGGUCUAGGUGAUAGAAAGGACAAUAAUGCUGCAUUUGAAACUCCUCUCUGUAUGAUUCCUGGUGGAACGGGUAAUGCUUUUAGUUAUAAUGCCACUCAGGAAACACACCCAGCUUUAGUGGCCCUUGAAAUAGUAAAGGGUGUUAAAAAGUCGUUUGACUUGAUGACUUUCGAUCAAAAGGGAGACAUAUCGUAUUCAUUUCUUUCUGCAAACUACGGUAUUAUAGCCGAUAGUGAUGUAGGAACAGACAACCUGCGGUUUAUGGGUGAGAAUCGAACAAUUCUUGGAUUUCUUAUUCGAUUGUUUCAAAAGCCUAGUUGGAAAUGCAAGGUAGAGAUGGAGGUUGUCUCGUCCGACCGAAAUGAAAUACGCAACACUUACCUUCAACGUUUACAACAUGCUACUGUCAAUAGAAACGGUGGUAGAACAGACCGUAUAGUGAAUGUUCCCAUGUAUAAUGAACAAAAUGUAUCCCGCGUCACUCUUGACAUUCAAGACCUUUCGGUUUUUUAUGCUGGCCUUCUACCGUAUGUCGCUGCUGAUAUGCGGGCAUUUCCUGUAUGCGACAUUGAUGAUGGAUUAAUCGACAUCGUUAUUGUUCGCUCAAGUCCUUUCCGUAAGCCUCUGCUGAGCAUGUUUAUGAAUAUCGAAACUGGUGGGCACUUUGAUUCCCAAUUUUUAUCUUAUUACAAGGUCCGUUCGUUCCGUUUUACACCCAUAGACACUGGAUGCCAUCAUUAUUUUGUCCUUGACGGAGAAGAAUAUCCCUUUAUUCCUUUUGAAUGUCGAAUCGCUCCCGGUUUAGGAACUACUUUGGCUUCUCAGGCGGGAUUUAAACUCCUGAGCUUGUGAGCCGGGCUUUUUAAUGACUUGGAGGCUUUUUUACGUAGUAUAAUUUCAUUUUAAUUGGGAUCAAAACGGUUAUUCAUUUUGUUUUUGCAUUGUUUUAUUCACCAGAUUAAUAUACUAAGCUGUGCGUUUACCUUCUUUUUGAAUAUGAAUCUAUAAAUUAAACUAAUUAUGGAGACAUCAACAUCUUGUUUCUUCCUCGAUCUUUUUUUUUUUCUUUCAUUUUUAGGUUGCUAGGAGUUAAAGCCGAUUGCUUGUUAUAUGGAAUCAAAUAACAUAUACUUAGCUUAUAUCACAGAAGAUAAAUUGUAGCCGAAAAAUUACUUUUAACUAUAG